AUGACCCUUGUCAGGAUCCCUUUGUUAGCACUACUAAGUGCCACUAUUGCUCCAUUAGUGGCUCAUAGGCAAGACGUAGUCACCUUUGGUACAUUACUCAGCUGCAAUGAUACGAGGUGUUUAUGGGCAGAUCAGAGUGGCAUCUCAGUGACUUCAGACUUAAUGGUGACGCAGUUUUUACAAAAAGAAGAUAUGGCGACAACUCCGAACGAAUUUCGAAGUAGAUUAGAAACUCACGUGGACUAUCUGGAACAAGUACACAAACAUGCAGCUAGACGAAACUGGACAUUUCCCUAUUCGAUGGGUGUUAACACUCGACAUUUAUAUCAUGAUGGUCAUCGAAACUUAUUGCCUUCACAUUUUGUAAAGCAGGAACAUGAAGCGACCCAACGGCGACAGCGUCGUAAGAAUAUUAAACAGCGCAAUCUUGCUUCAUCUUCGCUUGGAAUACGCGAAACGUUAAAUUGGUGCUCGAUGGAUAAUCCACGUAAUCAAAGCAUUUGUACAAAUGUCAAGAGUCAAAACCAAUGUGGAAGCUGCUGGGCUUUCGCAGCAGCUGAUGCGAUUGAAAUGGCUGUGGUUGUUAACGCAGACACAUCACCUCAAUCAUUGUCUCCACAACAAUUUCUGGAAUGUAGCUCAAGAGUGAUGACGUCGACUUUUCAUUAUUGUUGGGCUGAAGGAGGUGUUGAAGGAUCUUCUUGGUUGCUUCCUAAGAUGAUUUGGGGCUCUAGAAACGACGCUUGCAAUGGGGGAAUGACUCACGCUGCUUUUGCUGAUGCUGCUCAAUUACACUGGUCACUUUUAAGCGAACUAGAUUUACCAUACAAUGAAGAGGAGACUUUACAGGAAUCUACUGCUACUCUCACGAAUGCAUGUAAUAGAUCAUCAACAAGUGCUUUUGCUAGUAUUAACGGGUGGGAACAAGUUGCUGGGCCUUUGUGCGAUAAAAGUAGGAACUCGAUUGAAUUACUUAAGCUGGCAUUGCAAAAGCAGCCGAUCUCAGUGGCCAUUAAUUCUGGAGGGUCUUUUGAUGAGUAUAAAGGAGGUAUCUACACAUGUCCAAAUGAUGGAGACUUUGCUUCUAGUGGAGAUAUCAACCAUGCAAUUGCACUUGUUGGCUAUGGCUCAGAUGAUACUACAGACUUCUGGAUUCUAAAGAAUUCGUAUGGCAUGUCAUGGGGCGAAAAAGGUUUUCUCAAACUUGCAAUGGAUUCGAAAAUAAAUUGUGGUUUGAAUAUCUUUCCCGUCAUUCCAAUUGGAGCACUUGCUGGUCUUGCACAUACGGAUGUUGAUGGUGGAGGUGUUAUUAAAUUUAUUGGAUUGUCACCUAAUAGCUGGAUUCUUAUAGGUAUUGCAGUUGCUGCAGUGACGUUCGUUCUCACAAUUAUUGGUAUCCUCUAUGCUCAUCGUCAGCGUAAUGUGUUUAAGAAUGAGCUGUGA